CCUACUACACACACACUCUGCACAGUGUGUUUGAAAAAUUUAACUGAAAAACCAGCCGACAACUCGUGUCCACUUCCCAAAUCUCGAGCUUCUCUCUCCUGGUUUUACGCACAGCACCACAUUCACUUCCAUUUUCUAAUGCUACUACUUAUUAGUUUUAUAGAGUAUAAAAAUUAUACUAUAAAUCUCAUUUUUUUUAGCUUCCCUAGGCAAGAAAGAUUUCACAAAAAGGUUACCCAUUAAUGUUUCAAUCAAUUGUGUAUGACUUUUUGUUCAAGCUAAUUACAUUAACAUACUAGUACAUCAUUCUGAACCAACCUGAGUGCUUAAAAAAACCCACUAAAGAUUUCCAAACUUGUCUGGUUCUUGCUUUUUUUUCCUUUUUAGUAUGGACUGUGUAAAGUUGGGUUUUUUUGGGUUUUGCUUCUUCUUGUGGUUGCCAAUGGUUGCUGCCUCUGACAAUCUUCUUUCUCCAAAGGGUGUUAACUAUGAGGUGACUGCUUUGAUGGCGGUGAAGAUUAAGCUGAAGGACGAGUCGAAUGUGAUGAAUGGAUGGGAUAUUAAUUCCGUUGACCCUUGUACCUGGAACAUGGUCGCUUGCUCUCCUGAAGGUUACGUUGUUUCCCUUGAAAUGGCCAGCGUGGGCUUAUCAGGAACUCUUUCACCAAGUAUUGCCAAUUUGAGUCACCUUCAGAAAAUGUCGUUGCAGAACAAUCGGUUAUCUGGCCCUAUCCCAGCUGAGAUAGGAAAGCUCUCAGAGCUUCAAACGCUUGACCUCUCACAAAACCAGUUUGUUGGAGAAAUUCCAAGUUCUUUGGGGUUUCUAACUCAUCUAAACUACUUGCGGCUCAGUAAAAACAAUUUAUCUGGACAGAUUCCUAAGCUUGUCGCUAACCUCUCUUGUCUUUCAUUCUUGGAUUUAUCGUACAACAAUUUCAGUGGUCCCACUCCGAAAAUACUAGCACAAAGCUACAGUAUCACAGGGAAUAACUUUCUUUGCUCUUCUACAUCAGCACAAAUUUGCACGGGUGCUUCAAAACCAAUAAAUGAUGGUGUAACUACAGAUGCAAGGUCAACUCAGAAAGUCAGUGGUCAUCAUCAGUGGGUGCUUUCUGUUGCCAUUGGCAUAAGUUGCACAUUUGUGGUUUCUGUGAUGCUGCUUGUUUGUUGGGUGCAUUGGUACAGAUCUCGGCUACUCUCUUCAUCUUAUGUGCAGCAAGAUUGUGAAUUUGAUAUUGGUCAUCUCAAGAGGUUUUCAUUUCGUGAAUUGCAAAAUGCCACUGGAAAUUUUAGUCCCAAAAACAUCCUAGGGCAAGGUGGAUAUGGAGUGGUUUAUAAAGGAUGCCUUCCAAAUAGGACAGUGGUUGCGGUUAAGAGGCUGAAAGAUCCAAGUUACACAGGAGAAGUGCAGUUUCAAACUGAAGUUGAAAUGAUUGGCUUGGCUUUGCAUCGGAACCUCUUACGUUUGUAUGGAUUUUGCAUGACAUCCGAUGAAAGAUUGCUUGUUUAUCCUUAUAUGCCAAAUGGGAGUGUUGCUGAUCGUUUGAGAGAAACUUGUCGAGAGAAGCCCUCUUUGGAUUGGAACAGAAGAAUGCAGAUUGCCAUUGGGGCUGCCCGUGGACUUCUGUACUUGCAUGACCAGUGUAAUCCAAAAAUAAUUCACAGGGAUGUCAAAGCUGCAAACAUUUUGCUUGACGAAAGUUUUGAAGCUGUUGUUGGGGAUUUUGGUCUUGCUAAGCUGUUAGAUCGGAGGGAAUCACAUGUCACUACUGCAGUACGUGGCACUGUAGGACAUAUUGCCCCAGAGUAUCUUUCAACAGGCCAAUCUUCUGAAAAAACUGAUGUUUUUGGAUUUGGCAUACUACUUUUGGAACUCAUAACAGGGCAAAAGGCGUUAGAUGCUGGAAAUGGUCAGGUUCAGAAGGGAAUGAUUCUUGAGUGGGUAAGAACCUUGUUUGAGGAGAAGAAGCUGGAGGUGCUAGUUGAUAGGGAUCUAAGGGGAUGCUUUGAUGCAUUCCAGUUGGAGAAAGCCGUAGAGGUGGCCCUGCAGUGUACUCAAUCACAUCCCAACCUCCGGCCAAAGAUGUCUGAAGUUUUGAAGGUCUUGGAAGGCCUUGUUGAGUCAGGACAGGCAGAGGAUUCACAAAGUGGAACCAACCUUUGUGAGGCAAGGGCUUGUAGUUUUUCCAGAAUUUACAGUGAUGUUCAAGAAGAAUCUUCAUUUAUCAUUGAAGCCAUGGAGCUUUCUGGACCCCGCUAACAAGCAGUUUAAUUUGUUCCUUUUUAAGUUCAAAUGUAAAUGAGUUUUGCGCUUUAUCAUAAUCAUAUACAAAUUUAUACAUUUUCUAUUGAGUUAAUGCUUGUUGGAUUGUAUUGUGAUUUGGGCUUCUUGUGCAGAUAGCACCACAAGACUCAAAUCAAUCAUAUUAAAGACAGACAAAUAACAAGCACAC